AUGUCGUGGAAAGAUGUUAUGAAUAAUUUAAGUGGGUUUUAUGAACGAGAACAGCAGCAGAAAAAAGUAAGGAAUUAUUUGGAAAACCAAUCAUUUACUGCAGAAGAUCGUGCGGCAGUGAUCGACUGGAUGGUAGCUUGUGUAGAUCAUUAUGUAGUUUCUUUCGAAGUCUUUUAUCUUGCAGUUUCUUAUUUUGAUAUAUACAUGUCUGGAAAAGACACAAAACUAAUUACUUCCUCUAAGCUGCAAUGUCUCGGAGCCUCAUGUCUUUGGAUUGCUUUUACUCAGUUAUCUCAAGACCAGGAUAAACUGGAAAAUUUUCUGGAUAUGGUAUCGGUCACAGACCCUCACUCUAGUGAAAAGGAUCUUUAUGACAUGUUUAGUCAUAUUAUGAAUCGAUUCCACUACAAAACGUAUUUAAUAACACCGUAUAAUUUUCUAAUGAGCUUCAUUUUUAUUCUCCGUUUGGAACGUCAUCACAAUCUGACCUGGAUGUCACGUUAUAUACUGGAGCUAGCGCAAUACGAUGCGGAUAUUUGUGUAACAAAUAGGUUUAGACCGAGUCUUAUAGCAACAGCUGCUCUUUACACAGGAUUAGUAGCUUUGAGACUCACUGUUGAAUGGAUCUCUGACUUGUCUAUUUUAACACCGUAUACUGGAAGGGAAUACGAAUUAAAAAUUGUUCAUCGUCGAAUGUUGAAAUUAUUAAAAAUCGCUUCUCCAUACAUAUAUAGAACUAAUGAACAGAGUAAAGCUUUCAAGUUCUUUGGAUUCAAUCCUCCAAAGUAUUUUCAAUAA